AGGAUCCGCACUCAUACAAUCCAUUGAAACAUAAAAGAAGCUUACAUUCUAGAGAGAGAGGGAGAGAGAUCCACUUAAUCUAUUUAAGCUAGUAUUCAUAGAAAAGCUUACAUGGACUUCUAUCUAACAAAUGUUACUUGGGUCCUUCCAAUCAUGGCACAACAUUGAGAGAGAGAGAGAGAGAGAGAGAGAGAGAGAGAGAGAAGCCAUGAAGGAGAUUACAAUGUUAGCAAAGGACUUGGAUAUAAAGAACAGGAGAGAACUUCGCGAUGGAAACUCGACGAUCACAACCAUCCUCAUCUUCUUCUGCCUAUCGCUCGCGAUCAUGGGAUUCUUCAUCAGCUUCCAUGCCCGAAAAUUCGUCAUCUCUGAGAAAAUUUUCUUCCCCCAAAUGGAUAAACUCACUCCUUUUACAAACACAUUACCAUCUUCAAUCACCCCACUUUGUAACACUUCAUGUUCAUCUCCAUCUCCCAAUUUUUCGUCGACUCGAUUCGAUCAAUGGUUAGCUCCUAAAGAGCUAUGGCAUUCCAUGACCGACGAGGAGCUGAUGUGGAGGGCCUCGAUGGUGCCACGUGUCAAUGAGUACCCAUAUAAUCGGACGGCUAAGGUAGCAUUUAUGUUCUUGACUAGGGGUGCACUGCCACUGGGUCCCAUUUGGGAGAUGUUCUUCAAGGGACAUGAUGGGCUCUUCUCUAUCUACCUACAUUCGUCGCCGGAGUUCAAUGAAGAGCCGCCGGAGUCCUCGGUCUUCUUCCGGCGUAGGAUACCAAGCCAGCCAGUGGAAUGGGGAAGGGCCACCAUGAUCGAUGCUGAGAGACGCCUCCUAGCAAACGCCCUCCUAGACUUCUCCAACGAGCGAUUCGUUCUACUCUCCGAAACAUGCAUUCCACUAUUCAACUUCACCACAAUCUACAACUACCUCAUCAAAUCCAACCACACCUUCCUUGGCUCAUUUGACGAUCCACGCCCCAUGGGCCGAGGACGCUACAACAAACGCAUGUGGCCCCUCAUAACGAUUCAGGACUGGCGUAAGGGCUCUCAGUGGUUUGAACUCAACCGUAGGAUUGCCAUCGAGAUCAUAUCCGAUCGCGAGUACUAUCCAAUCUUCCGAGAGUAUUGCAAGCCUUCAUGCUACAUGGACGAGCACUACUUGCCGACGCUUGUAACCAAACGGUUCCCUGAGCUAAAUUCGAACCGGAGCGUGACUUGGGUUGAUUGGUCGAAGGGCGGAUCGCACCCUGCGAGUUUCAAACGAAAUGAUAUAAAUGAGGGAUUUUUGAAUCGGAUACGUCAUGAGUCUAACUGCAUUUACAAUGGGAAUAGUAGUGAGAUUUGCUUCCUUUUUGCUAGAAAAUUUGAAGCGAAUACACUCGAGCCCAUGUUGCAGAUUGCACCCAAGUUGCUUGGGUUUAAUCCUUAGUAGUGGUUGGAUUUUUAUUUUAUUUUU